AGUACAGUUUCGUUUCUAUAGAUCUCCGAUCGUUACCCACUAGGUACGCACGUAUGGGUAUUUUCUUCGUUCGCUAUCUCUUGUUGCCUAUAUAAAAUCGAGUCUACAAGGCUUUCAGUACGACAGUAUUUCUGAAACCAUUUCAGCAAGCAAAUCAUAUUUGACGAAUUGUAAUAAGUUGCGCUGAUUGUGGUCUCAAGUGUAUUUAUAUUUGUUCAUUAUUUUCACCGGAGUGUGUCCGUAGUUAAUUAUGCUGCCAUCCUUAGAGCAUAGCGAUUCGUUUGUGGCCCAUGGCGAUCACCGCGUCAUCCCUCGAGUGGAUGUCGUUUACUUGACCUACAACGCCAAGCUAGAUCAUCCGACGAUUUCACUGGACAGUGUCUGUACUAUUAGUUUAUACGAGCUGAAGAAGGAUCGACUGGCGAAAAAGAAUUACCGGCUUUCGAUGAGUGUUGAUGCCUACAAACACUACAUUUGGUACAACACGGUUCUCUCGAACCAGCUAAAACAGGACGGUGGACCGAUGCUGCUACGCACCUUCCACUGGUACAUCGAAACUCCGAUUGUGGACGCUUUCCUGGUCGAUGGCGAACUGUACGAAGCGGUUUCGCUGAUCAUGGAGGCGGAUGUGGAGCACUGGUACUGCGCCAGGCCCGGGUGGAACAUUUCCGGAAGCCGUGUUCGGAUAAGGAGCAACAAGUGGGAGCAUGACAACGCCGAAAAGGCCAAAGCUCGGAUAGCGGACUGUCUGGUUGCGGCAAGUCCCCCACCUAAAAUGAGGAAUCAAAACCGACGAGUCUUCCAGAAACGGUUAUCACUCUGUACGAUCAACGAAGAGUUGUGAUAUUGACAAGCUGUCUUGAUUCUUGGGCUGAUUUAAAGAUUUAUUUCUUUUUAUUCAACUUUUCAAGACAGUGUAACAAUUCUCUUUUCAGUUUAGUCAUGCUGCAACAAGUCUGAUUUAUUUUGUGUUCUCUGUAUGUGGUAAUUUUCUUUCAAAUAUACAGGCCCUUUUUAAAAUGAUA